AUGUCUCAUGGCCCCUCCAUCGCUCCUUCUGAUUGGCGCAGAGCCGUAAGCGCCAAGAGAGCGUCAAUCGCGAAUGCAAUACCUCCGGCAUGGCGGCUCAGCGACGACGAAAUUCCAUCUACUGAAAUUCUCAAGGACCUAACAGCUUUCAUCACGCGUUUCCUCUCACCACUGGAGCAGCAGAUCACCACCGCGCCGGUCUCUGUUCUCACAAGCAACAUCUGUUCUUUCCAGUGGUCAGCGGUGGAGAUCACAAGAGCUUUCUGUCAUCGAGCUGCUCUGGCUCACCAACUUACGCCAUGCCUUUCCGAAAUUUGUUUCGCAAAGGCGGAACAGCGAGCUGAAGAGCUUGAUACAAUUCUGCGAACGUCCGGUCAAGUCGUCGGUCCACUACACGGUAUCCCAGUCUCUCUUAAGGAUCGCUUCCACAUGGAAGGCCUUGAUAGCGCGUGUGGAUAUGUUAGCUGGCUUGAACAACCCAAAUCUGCAGUGGAUGAGGGAGUAUUAGUCCGGCGUCUUAAAGAAGCUGGGGCUGUGAUCUUUGCGAAAACUAACGUACCAAUGUCUAUGCUUAUUGGCGAGACAACUAACAACAUAGUCGGCUCAACAAUGAACCCCUUUAACAGGGAUCUUUCCGCUGGAGGAGCAUGUGGUGGAGAAGCUGCCUUGCUCGCCCUACGAGGAUCACCAAUAGGGUGGGGCACAGACAUCGCUGGAUCGAUACGCAUUCCGUGUGGCUUCAAUAGCUUGUAUGGCAUUCGCCCUUCUUUCGGGCGGAUAUCUGCGACAGGAUUAGCUGACAACUUGUCUGGGCUGCCCACAGCAGCUAGCGUUGUAGGACCACUCUCCUCUGAUCUACCAUCGUUGAUUCAAUCAAUGAAGUGGAUCAUCAAUUGCAACGCGUGGCAAGAAGAUAUCGAGACAAUCGACAUGCCUUGGAGGGAUGAUAAUUUCGCAGGUACCUCCAACCGAAUUUGUCAGCCUGGCCAGAGCAAUGGAAGUCUGGUUUUUGCAAUUCUGAACAACGACGGCGAGGUUAACCCUCAUCCUCCUGUGCAACGAGCUUUGGGCUUGGUGAGGAAUGCAUUACUUCAGCGUGGCUACGAGGUGGUUGACUGGAGUCCCGGCUUGAAACAUGACCUUGCGACAGACGUGCUCUUUCAAAUACUCGGAUCGACGGCUGGGAAAAAUGUUCGAGCAGCGAUUGAAGCCAGUGGGGAACCGCCCAUACAUCAACUAGCAGACCUGUUCAAGGGGACCGAAAGUAAACCUUUGCCAACCUCACAGUUCUGGGAUCUCUGUGCAUGGAGAAAGCAGUUUCAGAGGCAGUAUCAUGAUUACUGGAGAUCUACGAGGGAAUUGACUGCGAGCAAAAGAGCUGUGGACGGAGUAAUCAUGCCAAUCGCUCCUCACACUGCUGCACCUGAGGGCUCAUUCAAGUACUAUGCAUACUCUGCAGUUCCUAGCGUACUGGAUUAUACGACCGGGGUAGUGCCCGUGACCUUUGCUGAUCAGUAUCUUGACUACGGACCGUUUCGAUACAUACCUAUGAGUGACAAGGAUCGAGUCAAUUGGAAUCUCUAUGAUAAGGAACUCUUUGACGGCGCUCCAGUUGGUGUCCAGGUGAUGGGUCAGCGACUCCAGGAGGAAAAGGUUCUUGCCAUGAUGAGUGCGGUUAACGACUCACUGCAACAGUAUCAACCUCUCUGA